AUGGCCGCACCAGUCGAGGCUCGCGCCGCCUGGGACGUCAAGUCUGCUGCCUUGGCAUACGUUGGAAAGGAGUGGAACGUUACCCCUCUAUACGACGUUUACUUCGAUUCUGCCGUUCAAGGCGCAAACGGAACAUACGCCUUCCUCCGUCAAAAGACUAAUGACCUCCCCGUCGACAACACGUUCGCCACAGUUGUCUUCGACGCUAACCACAACGUACAACAGUUCAAAUCGUACCGCGUCCCAGCCACAUACGUCGAGGUAAAUAUGCCAACCAUCAGUAUCCAAGACGCCGCAAAUGCUGGUGAAGCCGCCUUAUCCGGUCUUACCUGGACGUCGGAGCCGGAGAACUACGGUUACAUCGCACGUUCGGAUGGUCAUAUCGCAUUCGCCUAUAUCUUACACCUCAAGGACAGCCAGGGUACUGUAUAUGUGGCAUAUGUGAAUACUCGUGACGGCACUAUCGAGUCGCUUACGAACACCCAGACCGGUGUAAACAUCGUGCCUCACUAG